AGCAUGUCAUCACACCGAUUGUGCUGCGGUUCUUUACCUAUCCAAAUCUUGUAUCCAUGUCGCAUCACAUAACUACCUAGGUAGAUAGCUUUGGCGAUUCCCGGUACAACCACAAUGGCUACUCGUACUGAGCGCAUGCAGCAGCGCAUUCGUGGCGCCGGUCGCGGGCUAGUAGAUGACGUUUCUUUUCAGCUAGAUCUGGGUCUUGACGAGACAAGCUCGGAAGUUGACCCAUCCGAGGAGUCGAGUCCAUCGAAUCUCCCACCUCCCCCGCCGCCGCCGCCGCCGCCACCACCAGCACCGUCCCAACCUCCCCCUUCGCAAACGACCCGAUCAAGGUCAACACCUAAUACGUCGGCGAAGAGGAGAAAACUCGACACGGAUCCUAAGAGCCCGUUAUCGCGCCAUGCCGGACCCGCGAAGCAUCCCGUACGAACGGGCGCCACUCAUGGUGCUGCCGCUGGCCCCCCAAAACCGGACGAAGAUGAGCUACAGGCAGAAACAGUAAGGAGGACAAUCAGCCCUGCAACAACUAGGAGGAUAAGAACACCCGACACGACGACUAUUAAUGACGAAGUGGACGACAUUGCAUUGCUUCCAUCUGCGGCACCAUUGGCUCCCGGAUCGGUUCGCUCUGUGAUCUCAAGAACUGUACUACUUUCAGAAGUGGAGGAGAGCCCAUCUCAGGCUCCGGGAACGGGUCGACGACGGAGCGUCAGGAUCGAUGCUGCUUCCAACUCCAGCACCAGGUUACAACAAGUCAUUUUCCCGCCGUCCUCUUCCCCCGACGCGAGUGAUGCCGAUCCUCUCUCUUCACCCCUGGCGCAAAGGGCGAGACGAAGUGCGGCCGCCGCUCUUCGCCGAACUAGCACUCCACGCAAGCACCCGAUCCGUCAGGCCGUGGAAGUGGAUGCACGCGAUGAGCUUUCUAACCAACAGGCAUCUGCGCCAAGCCCUUCCCAUUCACAGGGUUCCCUCGAGCUGUCGACUCGUCUCGAGCACGAUGUUCAAGAAUCGGAGUCCGCCCAACCCACUGAACUCGUCGACAUGCGAGAAGAAGAAAGGGAGGAGGAUAAGGAGCCGGAACCACAGCCGAGCCUGGACCACGUCGAACGCCAAGAGGCGGUCGAAGACGUCGCAGAAGAGAUAUCAGCGACUAAAGCAGCCCAACGACUGAGACAGAAACGUCCACGUCAAAGCAUGGACGCACUUGAUCUCGAAGUGGACGACAUUGCGGAGGAAGAGCGAGCAUCCGCCGAACAGGAACCGGCUGCCAAGCGUAGGCGGAAACAGACCAGAACGAGUCCGGCCAAACAGAAGCAAGGUCAACAACGGAAGGAUCAAGUGGCCGCCAAGUCGAAGCCGAAAUCCAAACCCAAAGAAGCACGCCUAAAACGCUCGGAAAAGCGGCGGACUGCUGGAAGCCCUGAUGCAGAAGUCGUUGAGGUCCCCGUACAGCGGUUCACGAGGCGGGGGCAGGUGGCUGAAGGCGAUGAUCCCGACCUCGACAUCCUGACUGCCGACAUCCCGUACUCCAAACGGGCGACCGUCAACUGCAUCGAUGUCCUGUCACAGCUGUGCGACGAGAUCAUCGAUACGAGCCUGGACAGUAUCCACGGUGACCUAGAGCAAGCCGCCGACGCGCAGGCGAGGAAGGAGGCUCGAGUCAAGAUAAGUGCGCUGGAGGCGUACCGAGCAGAGUUGCAGCACCGUUUCCUCGGGCACACUAUUCGAGUCGACCACCUAAACUCCCUUCGCUUGCGUGUGCGGAACGAAAGGAAAGAGAAGGCCCGUCUCCGUGAGGAGAUCAUGCGUGUCCGAGCGGAGCGAGAGCAGGUGGCCCUUCGCAAGGACGCGGUGAGGGCUAGACAUGAGAAAGAACGGGAUGAGCUCUUGCACCAAGUAACCCUAUCGUCUGCUAUGCACGAUAUUGAUCUCGCGGUUGAACGUGGUCGUGCUCAGGAUCGACUGCUGCCAGCCCAGGAAAAGAAUGCCGAGUUGGCAAACCUCGAGCUUCUCAUAUCCAGGGUUUCCGAACAAGCAUCGUCCAAGAGUGACAGUGGCGGGACAUUAAAGCAGUUGAGGGACUUUAAUGCCUUCCUGGAGAGGGCAGCAGUGGCUUUGGAGGAAAGACUUUAGUCUCGAUACGGAUCUGACUUGAAACAUUCACCCUAGCUUCCGUUCAGUUUUGAAUGCGUCGGGAUCCUGAAGUGAUGAGCACAAGCUUGAUGAAAGGGGACUUGAAGCAGGAAGAGCUGUCCAGUGGUGCGUGCGAUAUCGAGCAGAGACCUUGGGACAUUGGGACAUUGUGUUGGCUGACCGAAACGCUUCUGCUUCGCCUUGUGUCGACU